AUGACCCAAACCGACAAGCCGACAGGCAUCAGCCUGCCGAACUCGGAGCAGUUCCACCUCAACAACGCCCGUGGUGAGCAGUACUUGAUCCAAAUAUCGUGGCCGUUGCACUGGAACCAGCGCGAGCAAGACACUGACCGUACUCACCUCCCCAUCAUAUACAUCGUCGAUGGAAACGCCCUCUUCCUAACAGCGACAGAAGCCCUCUGGCGUCGCUCCGUAGAUCCAAACUACGUAGGCGGCGCCAUCAUCGUCGCAAUCGGAUACCCACUCGCAGGCACAGGGAAGGUAUUCCAUCUUACCCGGCGGAGCUUCGACCUGACUGUCCCGACGCCUGAUAAGCCGGUGGAAGGGUGCGGGGGCGCGGAUAUCUUCCUUGAUUUCAUACGUGAUUCGGUACGUCCAGCUGUGAAGGAGCGGUUUCCGAAAGUCAGUAUAUCGAGGGAGGCGCUGUACGGGCACUCAUUUGGAGGGCUGUUUGCCCUGCAUGCGCUCCUCACGCGUCCGGGCAUGUUUGAUGCGUAUAUUGCGAGCAGCCCGUCGAUUUGGUGGAAUGAGAAGUGUAUUCUGGGUGAGGCGAGGAGCUUUAUUGGGAAGGUCAAGGGGGUUACUGGGGAGAAGAAGCUGCCGACGCUCAUGAUGUAUCUGGGUGGGCUGGAGCAGGAUCCGCGGCGGAGGAAUGAUGAAGCGGACGACAAGUGGCAGGAUAGGAAGCGCUUUGCGGAGACACUGAAUAUGAGGAAUAAUGUGGUGGAGUUGAUGGGUCUGCUCAAGGGGUGCGCGAGGCUGCAUACGAUGAGCUUUCAUGAGUAUGCAGGCGAGGACCAUGGGACUGUCAUGGCUUGUUCGAUGGGCAGGGGAUUGACAACGUUCUUGGAGGAGUGGCCUGUGCCGAGGAAGACAGGCAUUUAA